AUGAAUUACGUGGACGUUACCUUACAUCUCGUUAGGAGGACAUGUGUUGUUUCGAGUUUUUAUAUUUUUAUUGUCUUAGAUUAUCUUAGAUUAAACGUAUAUUCUCGAAAUGUUAACACCGAGAAAAAACGUGACGUUAUCAUUUACAUUCAACCGGGUGGUUUUUAUGUGUUUUCUGGUCGAACCGACGUUUUUGAUCCUCAACAUUUGAUGGAUCAUGAUAUUGUUUUGGUCACGAUUAAUUAUCGUUUAGGAACAUUAGGUACUCUAACCAAAGAUGCACCUGGUAAUAUGGGUUUCAAGUCAAAAUCAAUUCAAAACAAUAUCGAUAAAUUUGGUGGAAAUCCAAAUUCGGUCACACUAUUAGGAUAUAGUGCUGGGGCAUUCAGUAACUCGUUGCAUUUGGUAUCGAAGAUGUCUCAAGGCCUUGCAACUAAAGAAGACUAUGCUAAUACAUUACCUAGUAUGUUUGAAUUUCCCGAAUCAAAUCCAACACUUUUAUAUUAUCCGGUUGUUGAGCCCGACUUUGGGCAGGAUCGAUUUUUAACUGAUAACCCAACAUAUAUUACGCAAAAUGCUACACUACGUGAGCAAAUAAGCAAAAACAUUUUGAAAUUGGCACCAAUCCGUUUUCUAUAUGAAAGAGAUACACCGAGAUCUGAGGAGAUUAGUGCAAGGCUGCAAUCAUUUUACUUUGGGAAUUCCACUUCAGAUGAUUGGUUGACCACUUCAGAUGAUUGGAUUCCACUUCAAAUGAUGGGCUUAAAGACUCCUCAUACAAAAGUGUUCCAUUAUAAAUUCAGUUAUACUGGCCGGUAUAGUUGGACCUAUUAUCCAGGCGAUAAACCUUAUGGUGCUGUUCGUCAUGAUGAAUUACUUUACUUGUUUUAUGUUUCAUUUCAAACACCGUUAUUCAACACAACAGAUCCCGAAAAUCAAAUGGUACAAAAAAUGACUGGCUGGUGGACGAAUUUUGCAAGAAGCGGAACCGCAUGCAAAAUAUCGAUAGUAAAAAUCGCUUGAAUCGGUUAAUAAAAG